CGGAGCCGAGCUAGGACCGUCAAAUGCGAACGGAUCUUCGCAGGAAUAAGUCGAUGUUAGCGUAGUUGGGUUACAACCCUCCCCACCCAGUUGUCACUUUUGGUGUUCUGACAGUUAUAGGGUAAUAAAAGUUGUCGGUGCGUCGCCAGUGUCUGUGGGCUCCGGUUCAAGCCCCAGUAAAGUACUUUGGCUUUAAAUAAAUUAAGUAAAGUUCAAGAGCCGUGCAGCUGCGGCAAGUGAACCGACUCGUGUGCGAAAUGUUCACUCGUUUGUUACAGAGAGCUGUUGAAAUUUAAGGGAAGUAUUUCAGUUGAAGCAUUAGGGACUAUGAAUAUAGGUAACAAAGUUGUUGCUGUGAUAUGAAGAAGAGAUUGUCCGGUCGUGCAGCCUUGGGACAGUGAACAAGGCAACUGUGUUGGCUUCGCAUCGCGCCUCGCUCCAAGAAUAGCGCGCGCGGCCCCUCCAUGUUGGCCGGUCCUCCUGCUGGCAGCGGGGGCCUGCUGCAACAGAUGACGCCCGAGUUACCAAGCAGCGUCGCGAUGCAUCACUACCAGCAGUCAGCACCGCAGCAUUCACCGCCGCCCGGAGCGAGCAUGAGUCCACUGUUGCCUAGUUUCGGGUUUACUCAAGAACAGGUGGCUUGUGUGUGCGAAGUGCUGCAGCAAUCUGGCAAUAUCGAGCGGCUGGGACGAUUUCUGUGGUCACUUCCGGCCUGUGAGAAACUGCACAAGAACGAGAGUGUUCUCAAAGCAAAGGCUAUUGUCGCGUUCCAUCGAGGGAACUUCAAGGAACUGUACCGCGUUCUGGAGAGCAACCAGUUCUCUCCUCACAACCACCCCAAGUUACAAGCACUGUGGCUCAAGGCUCACUACGUGGAAGCGGAGAAGUUGCGAGGACGGGCACUGGGGGCAGUGGGCAAAUACAGGGUCCGACGGAAGUUCCCGCUGCCGAGAACCAUCUGGGACGGAGAGGAGACGAGUUACUGCUUCAAGGAGAAGUCAAGGUCAGUCCUCAGGGACUGGUACACGCACAACCCCUACCCUAGCCCUCGGGAGAAGAGGGAGCUCGCCGAAGCGACGGGCCUCACCACGACGCAGGUGUCCAAUUGGUUCAAGAACCGACGUCAGCGCGACAGAGCGGCCGAGCAGAAAGACGG